UGGAAUUUCACCAGUACUGAAGCGUGAGCUCCCGCUACACUCUGCCGCAGUAGAAUGCGUUCCUCCAUGCUGAAGGGCUCACGCAGGUGGCGUAGUCUCCGACGAUGUCUAAUGGUUGUGGUGUUUGGUUUACUGACUUUUGGAACAAAUAAUGAAGCCACCAGAAUCGAGACGUUUGAGACCACAUUCCAGCUCAGCAUCAAAAAGGAUGAAGGGCUACAAUACUGGACUGACCUCAGUCUGAAACCGGAAGAGAAAUCACCAAGAAGUAUUUGCGCUGGGUUCAUGAUCCUGGUGAAACAAUGCUACGCCUUCCUCGCCGCUAAUCUGGCUGGCUGCAAAGACGGUUUCUUUGCAUACGAUGAUUCGGGAAUUCAGGGUAACCUGAGCAUCUACAUCAUACAAUUUCAAAUUCGACCAACCACCUUGGAUGCCUGGAGAGAACAUAUUGAAGACACCUUCUUAAAACUUGCACAUGAGCAUUUGGAACAAGCAAACAGUGGUUCAUCUAAAGGAACUUCAAAAAUACAACUCAAGGGCAUGCGCAUGUUUCCGGUUGAAGCUUUGGAAGUCAGCGCAAAAGUGAAAUCGUCCAAUGGAGAACCUCCAGAUGUAUACAAAAAGGACCUUACGAAUGAUUUGCAGCUAAUCAGAAGCAGUACACCUGUACAUGACAUACGGAUAGAACGUAACAGCGUAUCCCGGUCUAACUAUCAUUCAGUGUAUGUGUACUUGGAUGUCUAUCGAAUGAGCAAAUUGGUACCGGAGAUUGUCUCACAGACAAAUCAAGUGUUCAAGCUGGAAGACUGGCUUCAAGAAAUGCAGGUUUUAGUGGCGUUUGGUUAUCAGAAAGAUCUCUGGAUAUGGCGAUCCUGGGUUCAGGCCCAUAAAGUCUGUUUUGGCCCUUAUCAAUCAACCAACUGACGCGCGCUAGUUGUCCGAGGCAGGGAAACUGCCACUUGCUCCACCGAGCAGUGUAAUUAUUGCUGUACAGUUGUACAUCUUCACCUAAAUAUACAUUUG